AUGGACUCCAUUGCCCUUAAAACUGAAAGUGUUAAGGUUCUCACAGUCAAGCUUGAACAAGAUAAGAAAAAUGUCCAGGAUGUGAUGUCUGAGAAGGUAGUUAUGAAAACCUGCAUCAUUGAUGUUAAUGGAGUACUCUCAGAUAUCAUUGAGACCAGGGAACCAAUGAUCACAAUUAUAGUUCGCAAACAUCUAGCUGAAAAACUGAGACCAGUUUUCGCUAUACUACACCACUUGGAGGGCAAAGACAAGCUUUUUUAUGAAGAGCCAAUACUUGAUAACAUCGAUGAUGAAGAGGUUAAUGAAGAAGAACUCAAAAGGCAAAAGGCUCGUGAGUCUGAGUUUGAUGAAAAUCAAAGAAUAGUGAGAGAGGCUGAAGCCAAGGAGAAAGCCGAAAAAGAAUCAAGGUCCACUCUUGAAAUUGUCAGAGGUUAUGCAAGUCAAGUUCAUGAGCUCACUCUCGCAUACCUGCUGUGUAUCAAUCCUUAUGACUGGAUAAUGCUUUACAACUUGUUGCUGCGAGACUCGCAGAAGUUCGAACCUGUCAUCCAUUACCUUAAGCUUAUGAUUAUUUCAUAUAUUAAAGAGGUAGGCACUAUGGAUGUAGAGAUAGCUGUAGUAUUACGAAAGAAGCCUACUGCAGUUCCUAAAGAAGCUCCUGAGGGGUUUGAAAAGUUGAAGCUUGGAAAAAUCUACAAGAAAAGCUAG